AUGCACCUGCUAAUAACUACAACCGAGUCCGAGACCAGUCCACUUGUGAUCAAGGGCAACCGCUUCUUCAACUCCGCCACGGGCGACUACUUCGCCAUCCGAGGCGUCAACUACUACCCGCGACCCAACGCCGGACCACUUGACAAGAACAACCUCGACCUCUUCUCCGACGACUUCAAGCACAUCUGGAGUCGAGACCUGCCGCAGUUCACGGCGCUCAACGCCAACGUCAUCCGACUCUACGCCGUCGACCCAGAAGUCGACCACUCCGCCUUCAUGUGCGCACUGCAGGCCGAGGGCAUCUACGUCGUCGUGGACCUCGGCUCCAACUGCGACGGCUGCGAGAUCACGGCCGACGCCGCGCCCGCGUGCUACCCGGCGUCCUACAAGGCCCGCGGAGAGAAGAUCAUCAAGCAGUUCGCGCGCUACGACAACGUCAUGGCCUUCAGCGGCGGCAACGAGAUCAACCACCGCACGGGCGGCAACCCCUGGACGUGGAACGCGCCGUGCCAGAAGAAGUUCAUCCGGGACAUGCGCGCCUUCCUGCAGUCCUGCUCGAGUCUGCGCCAGGUGCCCGUGGGCCUCGUCGUGGCCGACACGGACCGAGACGACAACGCGCAGUACUACAACUGCCGCACCGACGAGAGCGACGAGCUCGAGAACGCGCAGUGGUACGGCAUCAACACGUACGUGCACUGCGACGACAUCUCGGACCCGACCAAGGCCACGGGCUUCAACCUGCUGCGCGACAGCUUCAAGAGCUACGACUACUCCAUCCCCGUCGUGCUCACCGAGUUCGGCUGCGUCAGUCCGGCCUUCCCCACGGUGGACGGCUACGAGGCGCAGCGCACCUUCCACGACGCCGCCUUCAUGAACCUGCCCGAGUACAGCGACUACUUCGCGGGCGGCAUCGCCUUCGAGUACUCGACGGAGAACGCCAACUCCAUGGCCACGUCCGCGUACCCCUUCACGACGUACGGGCCGCAGAACUACGGGCUGGGCUACUUCUCCCCGGAAGACUGCACGGACGCGGGCGCCAACUGCACGUACGAGCGGUUCCCCAACUUCGAGUUCCUCGCCGAGGCGUACGCGUCGUACGACGGGUCGAGUGAGCCGACGUUGAGUGACUACGAAGUGCCAGCGAACCACGUAGAGACGUCGACAUGCCCCAAGGGCUCCCCUGACCUUCGCAAUUUCCAGUGGGCGGGUGAUGGCUUGUCGAGUGAAUCAUGCCCAACUGACGCUGACAGCCACUUCCAAUGCGCUUCCGGAUACAAACUCCGAAGUCUCAUCGACAAGCGCUACCCCUGA